AUGAAGCUCUCCGCCGUUCUCCUCUUCGGUUCCCUCUUCGGCUUCGCCGCUGCUUCGGAGGCCGAGAACCCUGUUGACUCUCAGGAGCAGACGCUUGAGCAGCAGAUUGAGGAAGCUGAGCAGCAGGCUGAGGACGUUGAGCAGCAGGUGGAGGAGGAUUUGAAACAGGGCGAGGCAGAGCUUGAGUCUCUGUUGGGAACGGACACGGCGGCGCUCCAUGAACUGCUACGCAAGCUGGUUGAUGAUUUCUCAUCCAAGUUUGAUGUCAAUAAAAAGGACCUCUCUGAAGUCGCAAAGAAGGCCAUGGCAACCCUGGGGAGCUUGACAGCCGAAGAACUUUCGGACACCGUUAAUUCCCUGAUGGCCUCUGGAGCCGGCAUGGAAGAAUUGGAGAAGGUGCACCAACUUCUGUCCUCCCUCCAGUCGGAGGCGGGUGUCUCCGGACUCACCGACGGCAUGUAG